AUGCUCCUCCGGAUCGUGGGCUCUCUCCAACACCUCCGGGCCUCGACCAUCGUCUACGCUCUCAUCGCCCUCCUCCUCCCCGUCACCCUCACCCUAGCCUUCAUCCUCCACAAUGGCGAUGCCGCAUCCACGCGCAGGAAGCUCCGGAACCUGGAGUCUAUAGGUGUCCCGGCCAAUAAGAGCCACAUGGCAGACCAAUUCGACUCCAAAUAUGCAUUACCGGAAGACACACCGUCGAGCAACCAGGGGCCGAUCCGCAUCAAGUCAAUCUACAUCCACCCGAUCAAAUCCUGCGGCUUCGUCGAAGUAGACAGAGCCCUCCUCACAAAGACAGGCUUCGCCUACGACAGAUGUUUCGCCCUCGCAGCCGAGACGCCGGACCCGGAAACGGGCGCCGUCUCCUGGAAACUCAUCAGCCAGCGCACGAAGCCAAACAUGUGCCACAUCCAGACAGAAAUCCACCUCCCUCGGAAGAACAGCGACCAGCGAGACCCCCUAGUCCAAGCCGGCGGCUGCGUCCUCGUAACCUUCUCAGACCCAGACCCCCCAACCUGGACCCAACGCAUCGAGACCUUCCUCUCCAACCCCUUCAGCCCCUCCGCAACACCCCAAAUUUCCUUCAUCGUGCCCCUGAACCCCCCCUCAACCCUCGUAGACGAAUUCAACAUCGGCCUCAAAACCUUUGGCAUCCACGCCCGCGACGCCUCCGGGCUAGACAUGUCCCGCAUCCCCUCCGUCGCCACGACCCUCCUGCCGAAACUGAAGAAAUUCCUCGCCAUCCCGCCGAACCGCGGCCUGACGCUCACGCGCUGCACCCCCGAGACCUUGACGCGGACGACCCUCAACCUCGCGCCCGUGAGCCACAUCGGCUCGCCCGCCGUCCACGGAUACACGGACCAGCAGCCCGUCAACCUCAACAGCUUAUCCUCCGUCCACGCCGUAUCAGCGCUGCUGCCGCCGGAGAACAGACCGCUUGACGCCCUCCGCUUCCGCGCGAAUCUAUGGGUCACGGGAGCGCCGGCGUACGUGGAAGAGACGUGGAAGCGAUACCGCAUCAUCCCCAAGGAAGACCUCUCAGAUAACAGAAAGCCGCGGGCGGACGUCUCACCAAAGCUCUCCGUCGUCUGUAGAACUUCCCGCUGUACAAUGCCAAACGUCAACCUCGCUACGGCAACCUUUGACACGGAGAACCCUGCGUCCGCUGAAAAGAAGAAGGGGAAGCCGCAGCCUAGCACGACGCUGAUUGAGCACCGUACUCCGGAAACGGGGAAUCCCAAGGCGCUGGGAUACCUCGGGAUGCAUUGCGUGCCCGAGGACGAUGAUCUGGACGAGGCUAGGAGGCAAGGGAAGGGGCUGUAUGUCCAUGUCGGCGAUGAAGUUGAAGUUCUUGAGACGGGGGAGCAUUUGUAUGGGUCUACUGCGAAUGAUUAUUGA